CACCGUAAGCAAAAAUGGAGACUUCGCAGUCCUCUGAUGAUCACAGUAUCGUCUUGUUGGAAUCUCCGCAAGCUUUCAUCAAAUCACAGUGAAAUGAGAAUGAGAGCUUGAAUCGAUUUUAGUUGUCUUCAACAGUUCCCUGCCAAAACGAGCUGAAUCGAGACGAGAUUCGAGAUGGAUUCGUUUUUCAGCAGAGGCUUCAAGGCCUCCAAAUGUAAAACUCUAUUGAAACUGACAAUUCCUCGGAUAAAGCUGUUGAGAAACCGCAGAGAGAUGCAACUGAAGCAGAUGAGGAAAGAAAUUGCCAAGCUUCUGGAAACUGGUCAGGAAGCCACUGCUAGGAUUCGGGUUGAACAUAUUAUUAGAGAAGAGAAAAUGAUGGCUGCCCAGGAGAUAGUUGAGCUGUUUUCUGAGCUCAUAGCGGUUCGCCUCCCAAUCAUUGAGGCACAAAGGGAAUGCCCUCUGGAUCUGAAAGAAGCAAUUUCAAGUAUAUGUUUUGCUGCACCAAGAUGUGCAGAUCUUCCAGAAUUGCUGCAGGUUCAAAUGUCGUUUGCUGGAAAGUAUGGAAAAGAAUUUGUUGCAGCUGCUACAGAGCUUAGACCUGAAUGUGGUGUAAAUCGCCAGUUGAUAGAGUUGCUAUCGAUUCGUGCUCCUGCUCCUGAAGUGAAACUGAAAGUCCUGAAGGAAAUUGCCGAGGAACAUGAACUAGACUGGGAUCCAAGUGCUAGCGAAUCCGAAUUGUUGAAGCCACAUGAAGACUUGCUUCAUGGACCAACACAAUUUGUGAGCGGAUCUAAGCUGCCUCUUCCAGAGGAGAAACACAGUGAUGAAUCGGCGCAAUAUGCUUCAGGAUUCGUGGAUAACCGGUCCGAUUCUGAGGAUGACGAGGAUGACAUAUUAGAUUUACCAGAGGUCCCUAGGCAGCAGCCAAACACGGCGUCAGUCUCAACCCCAGAAAUGCUUCCUUUUCCUGCCUCUGCAUUAUCUGAUCUUGACCACAAUGCCGAACAAUAUUCAUCACCACACAUGAAGGAGUGCGAAGAAGCUUUAACACCAGAGAGGUCUGCUGCCAAGGGGAUUGAAUCAUCUUAUAAUGAAGAUUUAACACCCAUUCUAAAGGAAGAGAAGACAUUCAUGUCUCCCCCAUCAUCUUCAGCAAAACAAAGCGAAGCCUCCAAUAUAGAUUUAAACGAUGUGAUAGCUGCAGCUCAGGCGGCAGCUGAAACAGCCGAGCGUGCCGCUGCAGCAGCUCGGUCGGUGGCUAGCCUCGCGCAGCUCAGGAUUAGCGAGUUCUCAAAGAAAAAGAGUGAUGGUGAAAGCAGCGCAGUUCGCAACACUGAAGCUGCUUCCUAUGAUUCCAGCAGCCCGCACGGGAGCCGUGAUGAACUUGGCCAUAAUUCUGGGCAGGUGCGUGUCGAUGGUCAUCAUCAACCUCAGAGAUUGGCUUCCAUGGACGACGAGUCGUACUUCUCGUACCCGAACUUGUUUAACUCCAGGUCCCCUCAUGAGCCGUGAGCCUGAAGUCAUGAGGCUAGCCUACCUAUUUGCCAACUAUACUACUUGUUUGGGAGAGCAAUCCAUCCAUGUUUACGAGUUCAUUGGCUUUUUUCCAAGUUAAUUGUUUUUAAUACAAAGUGCUGUAUUUCUUUUCUUUCAGCUGUGUAAUCUUCUCUCAUUUUUCUUCUUCCAAGUUGGUUCUCAGUUCUCACCCAACUGGGUAACAAUCGAUACUUAUUUAUACACUUUCAGUCCCAUUAUUUUUACUUUUUAAUACAUUUCAUUUAAACUU